AUGUCGUCAGAUGGAGAAUUCACAAGGACACAGAUCUUUGGUACUGUGUUUGAGAUCACAAAUAGAUACACAGACUUGAACCCCGUUGGUAUGGGUGCUUUUGGUUUGGUAUGUUCAGCAGUCGAUAAACUAACUGGCCAAAACGUUGCUGUAAAGAAGAUUAUGAAACCAUUUUCAACCUCUGUGUUGGCCAAGAGGACAUAUAGAGAGUUGAAAUUAUUGAAACACUUGAGACAUGAGAAUUUAAUCACCUUGGACGACAUUUUCAUCUCCCCCUUGGAAGAUAUUUACUUUGUGAAUGAGUUGCAAGGUACAGAUUUGCACCGAUUAUUGACAUCGAGACCAUUGGAGAAACAAUUUAUACAAUACUUUACAUACCAAAUCUUGAGAGGAUUGAAAUAUAUCCAUUCGGCUGGUGUCAUUCAUCGUGACUUGAAACCAUCCAACAUUCUCAUCAAUGAAAAUUGUGACUUGAAGAUUUGUGAUUUCGGGUUAGCCAGAAUCCAGGACCCUCAAAUGACGGGAUAUGUCUCCACUAGAUACUAUAGAGCACCGGAAAUUAUGUUGACUUGGCAAAAAUACGACACCGAGGUUGACUUGUGGUCUGUGGGAUGUAUCUUGGCCGAGAUUAUUGAAGGCAAGCCAUUAUUCCCAGGUAAAGAUCACGUAAACCAGUUUUCAAUUAUUACCGAAUUGUUGGGAAGCCCACCCCCUGAUGUCAUUGACACAAUCUGCUCUGAAAACACUUUGAGAUUUGUGCAAUCAUUACCACAUAGAGACCCAAUCCCAUUCAGUGAGAGAUUCGCCAACUGCACACAUGUUGAGCCAGAAGCUAUUGACUUGUUGGAGAAAUUGCUUGUGUUUGACCCAAAAAAGAGAAUCAGUGCUGCUGAAGCCUUAACACACCCAUACAUGGAGCCAUACCACGACCCAACCGAUGAGCCUGUAUGUGAGACCAAGUUUGACUGGAGUUUCAACGAUGCCGAUUUGCCAGUAGAUAACUGGAGAGUCAUGAUGUACAGCGAGAUUUUAGAUUUCCAUCAGAGCAUUGGUGUAGGAGGAAGUGGAAUGGACCAGCAACAGCAGGAAGUUGCAGAUGCCAAUGGUGAUACACAUAAAUUAGAGCAGUAUCAACAACAGCAGGAACAGCAGGUCCAGCAGCAACAGCUCCAGCAGCAGGAACAACUUCAGCCACAAGUGUAA